GCUGGCAGGGGCAGCGGGCCUGGCCGUGGGGCCCAGGGGCUGGCCAGGGGCAGCCACAGAUGGGGGCCAGGAGAUGUGGGGCUUUGGGCCUCAGCAUUUGAAAUGUGUUUGUGUUCAUUGGAAAGGAGCAGUCCUUCCUCGCAGAGUGGGUUGUGGAGGUGAAGUUGAAAUUCAGCGUCUGUUGCUUUCUGACCACAAGGUGGCACCCCUUCCUUGGAGAGCCACCACGUCCCGCGUGGUCCCUAAGGCGGCCGUCCCUUUACCCUCCUCCCGCCCUCGCCUCCACACCCAUGCCAGGCCGGGCCUCCCUCGGCCACCUCCAGGCUCCCAGUGCCCGCAGGACAUUUCCUCUGACCCCCAGCAGCCCCCCGGGGUCCAUACCUGACAGGCAGGUUCUGUGCACGUCGGGGCUCCCCUCACACUUGGUCCAGAUGUGUGCUUUACCCUAAAGGUAGGCUCCCGUGUUCUUCCCGCAGCUGACCCGUGUCCGGUGUGGGCUCUGCCCUGGAAGGCCACACAUGGACUGGGCAUCCCGGGAAGGACGGGGCCGGCGGGGUGGACACGGCUCCUGGGCUGCUGACCUCUCCGGCAGGCGCCCGUGUGAGGAUUCUCACUCCGCGUCCGUUGAGAUCGCCGUGUCUGCGGCUCCCGGGCCUCAAGUGUGGCCGUGCACUCGUGCAGCUUCCACAUUCUUUGCUUUUUGAUCUGUUUAUUUAAAAUUGCUCUAUAGUUUACCACUCGUGUGUAUUUAACCCACUCUUGUGAAAAAAUCUUUCAUUAUAUCUUGUUCCUAAAUGUUGUGCUGUUCGAGUCUCUGUUGGUGGAAACGCAAGCCCAUCUCCGCCCAGCGCCGGGCUCACCUGCGGGCAGCCCGCGGCGCGGCCCGUGGGGCUGGAGCUACCGUGUCUGCGGCGCAGCGGCGCCCCGUGAGCAGCCGUGGGGCCCCGCGUGUGUCGGCUGGCGUGCGCUCUGUCCGCGGCCGCAUCUGACCCAAGCACUUGGUGUUUCCUGAGGUGUUGAGGCAAGUUCCGCAGCAAAUGCUUUACUUAACGUGGGUUAUUUCCUUGCCGGGUGUGAAGUGUCAGCUCUUAAAAACCCUUUGUCAGCGGGGCCAACCCAUCCGUGCCGAGCCUUCAUCCAGUGUCCGCGGCAGCAAGCUUUCUGCAGGGACCCGAGGUGCAAGAUGACCUUGGGGUGCCUGGCUGGCCCAGUCAGAAGAGCAGGUGACCCUUGAUCUCGUAGUCGUGAGUUUGAGCCCCACAUCGGGUGUAGAGAUUGGUUAAAAUAAAUAAAUAAACACUUCAACAACAGCAACAAAAAAGACGGACUUGUCCUGUGGGUCCACACAUCUGACCCCGUGUCCAUGUUGUUCUCCCUCAGAGGCGUCACCGGCCCCUUGCUCUCGUGUGGAGCCCUUGGUGGAGGGCAGUUGGGUGUCCCCAGUGGUUGGCCCAUCUGAACCGCUGGGGGCAAGCCGUGUUUGGAGUCUCUUAAUCCAGGGACGAAGCCCUGACCAAAGUCAGGCUGCACGGACAGAGGAGAAGGGGUCCUGGGUGGUUUUGCGAAGACCAUUCCCAGCAUCUCUGCCCCCAAGAAACUUCCCCAGGCCUGAGUUUGAGCCUGGAAGCUUGUGAAUGCAGCCGAAUGGUCUGGGUCUGAGGCUGGGGUGGCCGUCGGUAUGUCGAGGGCAUCACGGGGGCAGGCUGCUGUGGGGACGAGGCCCAGCGUCUGGGUUGUGACUUUGUGGGUAGAGAGGUGUGGCUGUGGGCCUGGGCCUCCCCUCCAGGGGCAGUGGGUGUCUGGGGCAGUAGGGUGUGGAGGACUCGAGAGUGGGGUCCCUUUGAUGGUUUUCCAGGCAGCUCCCGUGCUGAACUGGGGGAGCUGGGCCCCUGAGAGGACCCAUAGGAUGCAGGGGAGAGGGAGAGGAAGCACUGGAAAGCAGGGAGCUGCUUCCCUGACACUGGACCUGAGCCCAAGGGGGCCACGUCCCCCUGCAGAGCACAGCCCGGAAGAAGCUUACCAACCAGUGGGCCAGGGAAGUGGUCCUUCCUGUUUAUCGUCGAGGUGCCUCGGGAUGGGAGCAGAACCUCAUGGUUCAGGCACGGUUGGACCUGUUUGAGGCCCAUUGCUGUGUGGCUGCCCCGUCCAGCUUCAGAGGCCGUCCGCUGUAGGUCGAUCUGCCUGUAGGACUGUGCUGGAGGCUGGCCAGUUGGCAGUGCCCACGGCAGCAGCCAGUCAGGGAUGGUCCACUGCCCCCGGCACUCUGCGGACACUUCAGAGCCUCUGAGGAUUGGGCUAUCAGGAUGCAGUUGCUAGAAAAAGAGGUGCCUAGCCUGUCGGGGGCUGUCUAGCAGCUCAGUGGGCGUCUCCUGGGCCACUUUCCUUACCUGGUGUUGGAUGCAGGUCACAUUGAGGGUCCCAGCCGGGCAGGGCACAAGGGAGUCUUCUGCAGCAUGGCCCUCUUCAAGACCCAGGCAUUGGGAGCUGAGUCUCUGACAGUGAUCCCGCAGUUUUCCAUCACUGCCCGCUGUUGUCCCUGAAGCUGACCAGCUCUGCCUGGACCAGGAGGGGGGCGGAUGACCCUGGGCAGACACUCCUCACAUCUUCCCCACCAGGCUUGGCUCUGGGGAUGGCUCUGCCUGUAGCUGCCAACUGUGGACGUGGUCUGGGUCUAGGGUCUGCCUUUGUCAUUCCUGGCGGAUGUCUGGAAAUUGAGGAGUUCCUGGUGGAGGACUCGUGCUGUCCACCAGGACCUUGCUCUCGGCUCGGGGCUAGCCAUGGUAGGCUUGGUCCACCAAGGGGCAGCUGUCAGCCCACCUGGCCCCCGUCAUGUAGUGAUUGACUCUGCAAGGCUUGGGUGGCUUCAGCUGGCCCCGGUCACCCUGUUGCCUGUAGUGUGCUGGUGGUUAAGGAAGGGCACUAACUCUCCCUAGGGACCCACCCACCGGUUUUCAGGUCCCGCUGGGGGAAGUCUUGUUCUCUCUCUCCUCGGACUUCUGUCCCUUUCCCCUGCUGGCUGAAGACCGCAGGAAGCCGAGAGGCCUGGUUGGGUGAGGGCACCCCUUCGGGCAGUAAGGUUUGGCCUUGUGCCCCAAGAAGAGGAGGGGGUGGAAGGACUCGGGGAAAGCCUCAGCCAGGCCGCCCACCAUGACUUUCUCUGAGGUCACUCAGUCCCCCCUCUCACUAGACAUGCUUACCCCAGUGGAGGGCCAGUGCCCAGGGUCACCAAGCCCGGAUGUGGCUGGGAGCCUGGUCGAACAGCUGUCUUUGCCACGUCCUGCCUUUCGCAGGAGCAGGGUCUGAACCAGGCUUCUGGGCAUCACCAGGACUCUUGGGUAGGGGGACCUCUGUCAGAGGGCCUGGAGGGGGCCUGGGGUAGGGCUGGAAGGAUCCGGAGGGCCUGAAUGAAGUGGGUCUUACGCAGGAAGAGCAGAUGGGGCUGUCUGUCCUGAUGGAGUUUGUCCCUGCCCCUGGGCCUCCUGGAUAUGAGGUGCUAGGAGCUUUUCUGGGAGCAGGGUGGGGUGAGUUCCUGUCAACAGUUUGCAGGGCCAGUCGGCCCUCCUGGAGAAGGGCGGGGGCUGUUUCCCAGGGCAGGGAGCAGCCCCUUGCCGCAGCCUAACGCCCCCGUCUCCGCCCCCGGGCUGGCAGGGGAGCCCCUGUUGGCUGGCAGAGCCCGCAGAGUGUGAGCCCUCCCCCUUGGAGCUUUGGGGCGGAGGGGAGGGUUUAUCUGGCAGCGUGCGCGGGCAGCCAGGGCACUGCAUAUGAGGGAGGCGGGCGCCGGUCCCAGCCCCGGGGAUCGGGAGGGAGUGCGUCCCUGGAGUGGUCUGCCCCAGCUGGGUGCCUGUGUUGCCGUCCUCACCCUGCCUGCACGUGCAGGGAAGUGGCGAGGUGCCCCCGGGGGCUGUGUCUCCGCAGGGGGGGCCCUGAGUGCCGCUGCACCGCUGCCCCCAUGAGCACACCUGGGGGUACCCGCUCACCGGGCUGAGCCGCCACUGGGGUCUGGAGCUGCCGGGCGCCAUGCACUGGGCUUGGGCGGCCGCUGCUGUGGCCCUCGGGCUGCAGCUCUUGCUCCUGGGGGCCGUUGGGGCGCGGCGGGAGCCCAAGAGGCCUCAGCAGCCCAGCCAGCGCACUGAGCCCCCCACCGCCACCACGUCCCACAGCGAGGGGCUGCUGGGCUCCCCCAAGCCACCUGAGGGCCUGGGGUCUGAGUUCUCAGACGCCCACAUGACCUGGCUGAACUUUGUCCGGCGUCCACAUGAUGGGGCCUCCAAGAAACGGUGCCGGGGCCGGGACAAGAAGUCGCGAGGCCUCUCUGGCCCCCCUGGGCCGCCCGGGCCCCCCGGGCCCCCUGGGCCCCCCGGUGCCACAGUCACCCAGGAAGCCCUGCUGCGAGAGUUUCAGGAGAUGCUGAAAGAGGCCACUGAGCGCCGGUUCUUGGGGCUGCUGGGCCCAUCGCUGCCUGAGGGGACAGGGCGGCUGGUGGCCGAGGCCUUCCACUGCGCCCUGAAGGGCCCCCUGGUGGUGGACGAGAAGACGCUGGUGGAGCUGCAUGGCUUCCAGGCUCCCACGGCCCAGGGCGCCUUCCUGCGGGGGUCUGGCUUGAGCCUGGCCUCAGGCCGGUUCACAGCCCCAUUGACCGCCAUCUUCCAGUUCUCCGCCAGCCUGCACGUGGACCGCAGGGAGCCGCAGGGCAGGGCGCGGGCUCGUGACACCGUGCGGGUGCUUGUCUGCAUCGAGUCCCUGUGUCAUCGACACACGUCCCUGGAGACCGUCUCGGGCCUGGAGAGCCGCGGCAGAGUCUUCACCGUGCAUGUGGAGGGGCUGCUGCAGCUGCAGGCUGGACAGUACGCCUCCGUCUUCGUGGACAACGGCUCUGGGACAACCCUCACCAUCCAGAGUGGCUCCAGCUUCUCCGGCCUGCUCCUGGGCACGUGAGGGCCAGACAGGGGGCCCACGGGGCCCACCCACCCCCACUGUCCACUGUUAAACCUGUGGUCCCAGCAAUAAAGAGCUCUCAGCCCU